AUGGUGAUAGAUCUGUCUAUCGGGGCAGAAGCGGUGAACUUCUGCCCAAAGUUGGAUCUGUAUCUUAGUCCUCAGUCACGAAUAGAAAUCACCAUCAAGCUGCCAAAGUUUACAAUACCGGGUCAGUCAAUUUCGAAUUGGGAUCUCAUGGAACGUCUCAAGAAAGGCGUUGCUCCGAUCCAGUUUGUUUCAAUACGUGUGACAGAAAGUUCUCUUGAAGGAGUUACCCUUGAAGCGGAUUUAACCACAAGAAAAAUAAUGAAACAAGCGAUAAAAGUCCUGGAAUCAAUGACUGUGAAAGUCAGUGGAUUCAGCGAUCCUGUACGUGUUCGCGCAGCAGAAGCUAAAUCCGACUUUCCUAGUCGCCACGAUUGGGAUCUGUUUUUCAUGAAGAACAAGCUCAGCGAGAACAAACCUGGAGAGCGUCCUGAUACCAUCUACCUUGCUAAGGUGCCCAUAAAAUGGUUCUCGGAGAAAGGCUCCGACGUUCCAAGUGAAGAGAUUUUGAGAACUGCAAUGGAAUCCUUCGGCAAAGUACGAAGGGUAGACAUUCCAGUUUGUGAUACACUAAGGAAGGAAAUGAAUCCUGAGAUAAGCGGCUUCAAGACCAAGGGAUUUGCAUUUGGACCGGAGCUGUUUUUUGAAGCCUACGUCCAAUACAUCGAAUACAGCGGUUUCUCUGACGCCAUGGAUUCUUUACGUAACAUGAAGUGGACCAAAAGAAUUGAUGGAAAGGUGUUUCAUGCCAACGUGAAGGUGGACUUCGAUCGUACAAGGCAUUUAAGUGAUGCGAACAUCAAGCGACGCGAAGCUGAACGGGAAAGAAUUAAUGCCGAAAAACGGCGUAUCGUUGAGGAGGAAAAGCGUCGAAUAGCUGAGAAAGAAGCAGAAGCCAGACGUAUAUUAGAAGAAAAAGAAAUGAGAAGGGAGGAGCGUGAAAGGAAAAGGAAAGAGAAGUGUGAAGCUGAAAGGCUCAGAAAAGAAGCCGAAAGGCUUAAACGAGAGGAAGAGGAACGUCUCGCGAAAGAGGCUGCUGAGGCAUUACGCCGGGCGCUUGAAGACAGAGCUGCAGAAUCGAAAACGAUUCUUGAGCUUAUGUUUGAGCACAUUCAGCGGAAGGAAGAUCGUCGCAUAGAGGUGCAGGAAGCUCGCUUGAGGGCCGAACGGCGGGCGGCUGAACUGCUGGAUAUUCCUAUUUCGGAUAAAGAACAGCAUCUCCGUACAAUGUUGCUGCACCAGAGAGAGAUUCGAAUGAGAGAAAAGGUUGGUGACUGA